GUACUUGUUAUUUAAAGUUCUCUUCAUGUAAGAACUCAAGUACGUCUAUGCCAAAUUUUUUCAUGCAAAGAAAUAAGAUGUGGCGGGCAUUACUACACAUAGGAUUUGCCGCGUUUCUUUCUAUUUCUUGCCACACGCAUAAUGGAAUCAGUCCUAUCAACAUACACACCAACCAUUCCCCAGAAAUGCAUUUACAAGCAACCCGAUAUUGAUGUAUUUACGCACAGUAAAGCUUUCGAGCGACUGAUGACAUUUGUUGGCUUACUGAACUCCAGCGUCACGAAAAAAAAGAUUUCAGAUCCAUGUCACAUCUCUGAGCAAACGCAGAGAGUUCUUGACAUGUUGGACGAAAUGGAUGACUGGCUUGCAGAAUUUCCACCCCUUGAUAACCCGCAGCGAUUUGGAAACAAGGCGUUUCGACAGUGGGCAGAUAAAGUAGAGAAGGAAUCCGAUAAUCUGAUGCGCAAAGCACUCCCCGAACGUUUGCAUCCGGCGAUCCCUGAAUUGGCUGUGUACCUGACUGGUGGAUUUGGCAACAGCACGCGGAUAGAUUAUGGCUCAGGGCACGAGUUGAGUUUCUUUGCAUGGCUGGGCGGCAUCGCCUUGCUCGGUGGGUUUACUGCGGAUGACUAUCAGGCAAUUGUUUUAAGGAUAUUUGUCAGGUAUCUGGAGUUGGCGCGCAAGGUGCAGCGAACAUAUACGUUGGAGCCGGCAGGAAGCCAUGGUGUGUGGGGACUGGACGACCAUCAGUUUCUUCCAUAUGUUUGGGGCAGUGCUCAGCUCAUAGAUCAUCCACGGUUGAAGCCCCGGUCGGUCACUAGCAGAGACACUGUGGAUGCCAUGGCGGACGAAUACAUGUAUUUCCGAUGCAUUCAGUACAUCCAUGAGGUCAAGCGCGGGCCAUUCCACGAGCAUUCGCCUAUGCUGCAUGAUAUCUCAGCGGUGCAUUCAUGGAGCAAAGUGAAUUCGGGGAUGACGAAAAUGUACGUUGCCGAAGUGCUCAAGAAGGUGCCUGUGGUGCAGCACUUUAUGUUUGGGAGCCUUUUCCCUUAUGAAAAAGCAGCAGCAGCAGCAGCAGCAGCGGAGACUUAAGGCGAUUGGUUGGUGGCAUCGCGAUAAGAUAAAAUAAAAGAUAUGAUAAAAUAAACAAAAACUUUCCCACCUUUGCCUUGAUCCACCUCGA